GAAGUAGAACAAAAAAUAAUUUCUAAAAUUUCCCCGAGAAAUGUAAAUAGAAAAUCCAAAAUGCUUAACCACAUCACCAAGAAUAUCACCCCAACCUUUAUCCUCGAUACGUACCUAUCCGAAUGUAAUCCAGUGACAAUGGAAUACGGAACUUGAAGAAAGGAAAAGACAUUUUUCAGGAAAGAGAAGAAAGUAAUAAAUAAACAUAUAAAACAGAAGAAAAACAGCGGAAGGCUAAAGUCAACACCGGGUAAUUAGCAACACGUGACUAACAGCAACACGUGAUCGAGUGCAGUGAUGACAACAAGCUUUGAAGAUGUGUUGGCGAAGCUGGAAUCAGGGCCCUGGAAUUGGCUGAUUUUUUUGCUCUGCUCCUUAUGGGGUCUCUUCGGUGGCAUGCAGACUGUUGCUACGGCAUUCCUCAGUCCCGUGACAGAUCACUGGUGUCACAUCCCAGAGCUUCAUGUUGCCAACUGGACUAAGGAACAAAUAUGGAAUUAUUCUUUACCGAGGACGACGCUUGGAGGGGAAGCUCACCAUGCCCAGUGCGAGAUGUACGUGAGGAACUACAGCCUCGUGACUAAGCUGACUUGGGAAGAAGCUUUUCUUGCUAUUCCUGAAGGCGGGGGAGAUAGCGAGCUUCAGAGGCGGCCUUGCGUCAGCUGGGAUUAUGACACUGAAAUCUUCAACACUACGCUUAUUUCGGAGUGGGACUUGGUGUGCGGGAAAGAAGGACUCAAGUCGCUGAUCCAGAGCAUCUUCAUGGUGGGCGUGUUCUUCGGGGCGCCGCUUGGAGGGUACUUCGCUGACAGGUAAGGNNNNAAGAAGCUCAUGACGGGAUCCCUGUGGGUGUUCAUCUUGGUCUCCAUCACGGGAUCCUUCUCGCCAUACUACCAGCUCUUCCUCCUCUGUCGUUUCCUCAUAGCCUUUACGGGGAACAUCGUCUACCAAACUUCGUACAUCAUCGCCGUGGAAUCCUGCACAGCCCGGCAGAGAGGCGUCGUGGGGAUCCUGUUUUCUGUGCCCUUCGCUUUAGGAGUCAUGGCACUUCCUGCCAUUGCCUUCUACGUCAGGCAAUGGCGCUUGCUACACCUCGCAAUGUCGGUGCCUGUGAUUGUGCUCAUCGCUAAUACCAUCUUACUACCGGAGUCCCCCAGGUGGCUCAUUCAGGCCGGCAGAUGGAGUGAAGCGGAGAAGGAGCUGCAGAGGGCGGCCAGAUGGAACGGCAGGAAACCCUUUGACUCCAGCUGGCUCCUUGCGACUCUAAAGGAAAUGCAGACAGACGAAAUCCCCAAAGAAGAGCACCCGAAACCAGACGCGUGCAAGGGCGCCCUGCGAGGCCUGACGGUGUUCCUGAGGACGCCCGUGUUGAGAAGCAUCUCCCUCGUUAUGUAUUUCGACUGGCUGGUGUGCACGAUGGUCUACUACGGGAUCUCGCUCAAUUCGGCCAACUUCAGCGCCGACCCGUUCCUGUACAUGUUCCUGGCCGGUCUCACGGAACUCCCUUCGUACACGCUGACCAUCCCCUUCGUCGUGAAAUUCGGGAGGAAGGCCCCCCUCGUCGCCUUCUUCGUCCUGUGUGCUGUGGGGACGCUGGUGCUCAUGGUGUUGCCUGGAGGUCGUGAUACCUGGUGGUUCCUGUCGGUCGUCAUGGCGAGCAAGUUCUGCAUCACCUCCGCCUACCAGGUCAUCUACCUCUACUGCAGCGAAUUGUAUCCAACGUGUCUUCGGACCCGAGGCCUGGGCAUCACUUCGAUGGUUGGCCGCACGGGGGCCAUUAUAUCACCUUUCAUCACAGACAUGUUGGGCGUGUACCACUGGGCCAUCCCGAGCACCAUCUUCGGAGCGCUGAGCCUCGUCGCCGCUUUCCUCACCUGCCUUCUGCCGGAGACCAACAACCGGCCUUUACCCGACACCAUAGCAGAUGUGGAGGGGUAUUCGCUCUCUCAUGCGAGUAACAGGCGUCCAAAUGCUCAUCCGGUCGCAGCAUCCACGGGAGAUGAAGGUGCCGGGGAACCUUGCAUUUCGCCCACCAGCGCUACAUCCUCAGUCUGAGCGUCUAUCAUAUGCCAUCUGUUUAUUAAAUUUUAUGAAGAACUGAA